AUGGGCACGCCAUUGAAAGACCGCGAUACUUUCCUCGACCAGGGUAUCGACAUGUAUCUAGUGUCACAAGACACGGCCUGCCGCAUACAGAACGAGGUGCAUACAUGUCACGCAGUCUACUGCGAGGAAUGUCUCCUUGACUACUUGGCAGACAACAACACCUGUCCGAUCCAUAAAGAUGUCUUCCUCUUCCACCUCCCACGUGAGCCUCAAUUCGUAUCUGGAGAGCGCAACGGUGCCACCACCCUCGAUCAGAUAACGGACGACAUCGAAGCUUCCAAAUUCUGCCACAAGUUGUUCAACGACACUAUGAAUCUUUAUGACCGCGAGCAGAUCUUUGACUCUGACAUCAAGGAAAAGAUCCACGCGACUUUGAAGUACAUAGGCGAGCGCUACAACCAUCCGUCCGGAUUGUCCAUCAAGGCCGAACAUAUGGCUGGUGUCAUGGAUGUUGUUAGAGAGAUGGUCAAGGCGCACUUCAAGGCACAGGCGAAGGCUGGCGAAUAUAAGGCUUACAAAUCAAAAGAUUGGCUACCGAAGAUGAACAAAGCUGUAGGAUGGAAACAUGCAUACCGACUUGGCUUGUAG